AUGUUUCAGCCUUCGAUUCCUCCCACGCCGUCUGGCAUUUCGCUGGCCGGCCAAACCAUCAUCGUCACGGGUGGAAACAGCGGCGUGGGAUUCGAGGCUGCGCGCCAGUUCCUGGUGCUGGGAGCCGCACGCCUCAUCAUCACGUCGCGCUCGGCCUCCCGGGGCGCCACAGCCGUGGCAGCCCUCAAGGCCGAUCCAGAGGUGCAGCUGGCCAACGGAAAAGCCGUGAUUGAGGCGUAUGAGCUCGAGCUAGCCGAUUACCGCUCAGGACAGCGCUUUGUCGAUCGCGUCCGCGCAGAGGUGCCUGAGCUCGACGUGUUGCUGGCCAAUGCCGGCCAGUUUGUGACGCGGCGCGAGAAUGUGCAGUCGGCGGCUGGCGGCCACGAACGCAACAUGCAGGUCAACUGCUACACGCAUCUGCUCAUCUGUCUCGAGCUUCUGCCGCUGCUGGUCGCCACCGCUCGCGCUCGCGGAGUCCAAGGUCGCCCGGCACGCAUCACCUUCACCGGCUCCGCCACCCACGUCUUACAGGAGACGCUCACAAAUGACCCCGUCCGUUUUGAUGCCGGCGAGACCGUCAUCGGCCACUUUGACGAUCCCACACACUUCUCUCGCCUGAACCGCUACGCCGACACCAAGCUCUGCAUCAACGCCCACGUCCGCAAGCUCGCGGCCCUCACGGACUCCCCUGACCUCGUGAUCGUCAACAACGUCUGUCCGGGCCUUCUUCACGCCACCCACCUCGACGACAGCUUGCCGUUCUAUCUGCGCUAUCCCACCGCCUUAGCACGUCUGGUCGCCGGCCGUUCUGUCCAGCAAGGCGCCCGGACUCUCGUGUAUGCCGCUGUCGUUGGCGGCCCCGAAACCAACGGCACAUUUCUGCAGCAGAACAAAAUCCACCCUGGCGCAAAGUUCCUGAACACCGCCGACGGCCAGAAAUUCAUUGAUGCCUUAUGGACCGAGUCUGUUGCUGACUGUGCCAAGUUCGACUCAACUCUUGGCAAGUAUUCCCAUGCACCGAUUGCUUUGUGA